AGCAGGGCUGCAGCGGGCGGCAUGGCUAGCACGGCUUCGGAGAUCAUCGCCUUCAUGGUCUCCAUCUCGGGCUGGGUACUGGUGUCCUCCACGCUGCCCACCGACUACUGGAAGGUGUCUACCAUUGACGGCACGGUCAUCACCACCGCCACCUAUUGGGCCAACCUGUGGAAGGCGUGCGUUACCGACUCCACGGGCGUCUCCAACUGCAAGGACUUCCCUUCCAUGCUGGCGCUGGACGGUUAUAUCCAGGCAUGUAGAGGACUUAUGAUCGCUGCUGUCAGCCUGGGCUUCUUUGGUUCCAUAUUUGCGCUCUUUGGAAUGAAGUGUACCAAAGUCGGAGGCUCCGAUAAAGCCAAAGCUAAAAUUGCUUGUUUGGCUGGGAUUGUCUUCAUACUGUCAGGGCUGUGCUCAAUGACCGGCUGUUCCCUAUAUGCAAACAAAAUCACAACGGAAUUCUUUGAUCCUCUCUUUAUUGAGCAAAAGUAUGAAUUAGGAGCCGCUCUGUUUAUUGGAUGGGCAGGAGCCUCACUGUGCAUAAUUGGUGGUGUCAUAUUUUGCUUUUCAAUAUCUGACAACAACAAAACACCCAGAUACGCAUACAACGGGGCCACAUCUGUCAUGUCUUCUCGGACAAAGUAUCAUGGUGGAGAAGAUUUUAAAACAACAAACCCUUCAAAACAGUUUGAUAAAAAUGCUUAUGUCUAAAAGAGCUCCCUGGCAAGCUGCAUCUUGAGUUUGUUAUAAAAGCGAACUGUUCACAAAAUGAUCCCAUCAAGGCCCUCCCAUAAUUAACACUCAAAACUAUUUUUAAAAUACGCAUUUGAAGCAUUUGUUGAUUGUAAUCGAUGUAAGUGUUCUUACACAGUUAUAUACUAAUCAUUUUCUGUUGUGGCUUUCUAUAAAAAAUAAACAGGUUAUUUACAGGAUUU